UAGAACUAGAAAAUGAAGUUUUAAAGUUGUGCCUUCAUGUAGAUGGCCUCGGCGAGGUGGGUGUAGUAUUAAAAUUAAUGGAAUAAUGCAUUUUUGGCGUUGAUGACGUAUCAAUCGGGCUCGGGGAUUCGUUCUUGGUGCUUGAAGGGGACGGUGGCCAGUGGGUGCUUCUCUUGGCCAGACAAGCGACAACAGCGUCAAGUAGAAAGAGUCUACGUUUUGAUGACUCGGUUGACUUGAAAAUCGGCGCCGUGGAACUGGAACUCGACGAACUGGUGAUACGGCCAGAAGAUACAGCACUCAGUACAGGAUGCACGUUAGCGACGUGGUUAUACCAGCACGAUUUUCGUGCACGAUCGCACAAUUAGUAUUCGUUCUGGCACUGUUGCAAGACCGGAAACCCUACCUCCUCCAGUCGCUACCGAAAAACUACACGCAGGAUCAGUAUAUUGAUUCUUAGACGACAUAGUUGAUGUCCUUGUCUAGUUCAACGACAUAGUUGAUGUCCUUGUCUAUUUGAUGUCCUUGUCCUUGUCGUUCUACUUUUAGGGCAUUGGCUUCUAGUCAACCAAAAACUCAUGAUCGUCACAUCAAGAUAACACUGCUGCUCUUCUAAAAACUACUACGUGCCUACUUCUACUGCUCUACUCUACUAGUGCUACUUCAUUAGGUAUGAUACCUUCGACAGCGAAUUCACCGGAGCCUUGGGUUUCGCGACAGCUUGCGGGAUACUCGAAACUCUCAGCGUUGUGAUGGUCGGCUCAAUUAAGACAAAGGUUUGUUGACAUUCAGUUCUUGAUAUCAUGGAAAAAAUAUCGAUGAUAACGAACAAGAACUUCAUCUUCAUCUUCUGCAUAAGGCCUCACCCUCUAAUUCCCCUCUCCUCCUGAAUAAAGCUUGCUUCGUGCAGUUUUGUUUUCACUUUUGUGGAGCGAUCGCGACCUUCGCAUUUGGUAUGGCUAAUUCUCACUUCGACUAUUUCUGGGAAAUUUUGGUUCUCUUCACGUUAUUACCUGCACUCUUGGAGGUUGCUUCACUCUUUUAUCUGCAUAUAACGCAAGUUCAUGGACCAUAUUUUUAGCACGUAGAUGAAAAAAUCCUCUCUGGUGCUAUUGAGAAAUAGGAUGGAUCCACCAUGAUUUUCAUCUCGAUAACAUAGC